AUGUCCUUUGACGCGUACAGCCAAGUCCAGUGGCUGAAUGACCGCAAGUAUAAGCUCAUGGAGCUUCUGGAUGAGCUUGUUGAGUACAUAGAGGAAAACAAGGGAAAAUUGACAAUCAGAUCACCAGAGCUGGUGGAUAACCACUUGGUGCUUUGCACUGAUGAUGAAACUUAUACCAUGCGUCAAAUGAACCACUCCAACACAAUGCUUCUCAUGAACGAUAUGAACAUUAAUCAGCUUGGUACAAAAUUCACUGGUCCUGAAUCAGCCCUAGUGGCGAUUGACCGGUCUUCGUACAUGUACGAACUCACGAAACUGAAAGGUUACAUUGAUACAGCCAAUAUACCGACGUAUCCAAGCGGCAAUGCCGAAGAGAGCAAGACUAUGGAGCAGCUUGAAAAUGAUUCUCCUAUAGAUGAAGGACAUUUCUACCUGCAAUGGUACGGGUUAUGCGGUAGCCAGGUAGAUGGCCGUGCUGUGAUUCUUGAACCAAGCUUUGUUACAGAAGCACUUUACACAGUUAUAUCAGUCUUGCUCUCCGAGAAGAAAGCAGACCAAGAGUUUGAUUUUGAUACGUUGGCAAAGCGGUGUUUGGUUCAGGAUCCCAAGCUAACGGAAGACUUUGUUUGCACUAUAUCCCAUAGAUUUGGCGAUGAAACAUCCCCAGGUAAGUUUACGCUAAAUCACGCCAAGUGUGCCUGGUGGUUUGGAGUAGAGACGAUGAAGAAUGCGUCGCCUGCUCUUCUUACUGAGAAAGAGUUCAUGCUCAAGUGGAAACUGGGCCUCCCGCCAUUCUUUAAUGCUUCCUUGGACUUAUCGCUUCUUCGAGGCAGAUUCUGUCGCCCAGAAAUAGGCAAAAUCAGAUAUCUCAAUUCAGAAAUGCUUUCGAGUGACCUACACACGCGAAUCAAAGAGUUGUUUCAAAUGUUGAAAGAAUGGGAUUACGACGAGUUUCUUGCAUUUAUCGAAGCCUUUAUACCUCCCACAAAGAAAGCCGACUCGAUCAUUUUGAAAUAUGCUAAGAAAAAGAGAAUUUCCAAAAACAAGUUCAUCAGUGGUGGAUGUGCCGGUACUAGUACCGAUCUCGCAUUCUUUCCUAUAGAUACUUUAAAGACCAGACUUCAAGCCAAAGGUGGUUUCUUCGCUAAUGGUGGCUGGCAUGGAAUCUACAAGGGCUUAGGCUCUGCUGUCGUGGCGCUGGCCCCCUCGGCAUCGUUGUUCUUCGUUACUUACGAUACGUUGAAGACUACCACCAAAGACAAAAUGCCCCAAACCGCAAGCCACAUGCUCGCUGCCUCUGCUGGAGAGAUCGCUGCUUGCCUUGUUCGUGUUCCAGCUGAGAUUGUGAAACAGAGAACUCAGGCAGGUCACAAAGGUGUGGGAGGCCAGGCAACACUGUGGGCUAACUUGAAGUACUUGCUUAUGAACAAGCUGGGAGAAGGAACUCUUCGUGGACUCUAUAGAGGAUGGAACUCUACAAUUUUGAGAGAAAUCCCCUUUACGAUAAUUCAAUUCCCACUUUACGAGAAACUUAAGCAGCUUUGGUCCGCAUACGAUAACAAGUCGAUUUCCCUUUUGAAAGGUGCCCUUUGUGGAUCUGUCGCUGGUGGUGUGGCUGCCGCUGCUACAACACCGCUUGAUGUGAUUAAGACACGUAUUAUGUUAAACAAAGAAAGAGUUGCUGUUACCGUAUUGGUCAAGCAGAUGAUUAAAGAAGAAGGUCCAAAGGUGUUUUUGAGCGGUGUUGGACCCAGAACUGCUUGGAUCAGUGCUGGUGGAGCGAUUUUCUUGGGAUGCUACGAAUUGACUCAUUCCGUUCUAGACAAAUAUGUCAAGGAUCAGAAGGCCCUUGAGUGA